CGGUCGACAGGCUUGGCGGGUUGCUCCGACUUUAUUAGCACCGCCAUUAGGUCCGGUUUUUCUUCUUAUAUGUACUUAUUCUGAAUAGAACCACGCUAAUUAGUGCGGAAUUUUUAUUUAUUCUACUGUGACGCCUCGUCAUCUAGCUCUAGUUGAUCUGCUGCCUCCGUCGCUGGCUCAGACUGCACCCUCGGCGUUGGUAUUGGCCCAAUUUGGGCUAUAAAAAAUAAACAAAUGUCUAAAAAACAUCUAAUAGAAAAAAAAAUUUACUUACCAUCUUGUGCCGGUGGUUCCUUUCGCUUAAUGUGUAUUCUAUAUUUGUGAGAAUUUAUGCCCUUAAGUGAAUUGCUUUUAAAUUUACACUCCGGAAUGUCGCAGCGAGGGACGUCGACGCCUCGUCAUCAGACGCAGCCAGGGACGUCGACGCCUCGUCAUGAGAAGCAGCCUGGGACGUCGACGCCUCGUCAUGAGGAGCAGCCUGGGACGUCGACGCCUCGUCAUGAGAAGCAGCCUGGGACGUCGACGCCUCGUCAUGAGAAGCAGCCUGGGACGUCGACGCCUCGUCAUGAGGAGCAGCCUGGGACGUCGACGCCUCGUCAUCAGACGCAGCCAGGGACGUCGACGCCUCGUCAUGAGAAGCAGCCUGGGACGUCGACGCCUCGUCAUGAGAAGCAGCCUGGGACGUCGACGCCUCGUCAUGAGGAGCAGCCUGGGACGUCGACGCCUCGUCAUCAGACGCAGCCAGGGACGUCGACGCCUCGUCAUGAGAAGCAGCCUGGGACGUCGACGCCUCGUCAUGAGAAGCAGCCUGGGACGUCGACGCCUCGUCAUGAGGAGCAGCCUGGGACGUCGACGCCUCGUCAUCAGACGCAGCCAGGGACGUCGACGCCUCGUCAUGAGAAGCAGCCUGGGACGUCGACGCCUCGUCAUCUAG